AGGACGAGAAGCCGUUGAAAGAAAAGCAUACAGAGGGCAUCCCUGGAGAUGACCAAGAGUCCCAAAGGAGAGGAAGCGGAAGCAUGGAGAGAAUAGCCGAGGCACCGGCUGAAACUCAACAGGCAGCAGACACUUCAGAAGAAGCCCCCGAAGAAGAGUCGAUGAGGAGCAUAGCAGAUCGGGCCAGCCAAGCCCUGAAGUCCCAGAUGCCUUUAGAAGAGAAUGAGCUCAUCUACCUGGAGGCCCUGACAGCGGGCUCCCCGCAGAGUUCCCUUGAAAUUUCAAGUGGAAAGUCUGAAGAAACAGAGAAAAGCGGAGGAGUAGGUAAAGUUUUUGGAGAGUCAAGUGGACAGGGGCCUCAAGAGGCUCCUGAAUCGGACCAUCAGAUUUCUGAUGACACCCCGGACCCAUCCGCUGUAAGGAGGCCCUCGAUCCGUGUUUAUGAGAAUGGGAGUGUGCCUCAUGAAGAGAAAAAUGAGCAACUUGAAGAGGAGAAACCUUCUUCCUCCAAAGAAUUACCAGUACAAGAGUCACUAUUGUACUUCACCAGGGAAGAUACUCUAUUUAGAGAAAAGACUGAGGAGGAAAAUAUUUACCCCCUGAACCUGGCCUGGUGCUACGGCUGGAACAGCUCCCUCCCCAUUUACAACAUGCGGGAUGAAAACCACAGGGUUGUGCUGUACGUCAGCUCCCACACCGCUGUGCUCUACGAUGCCUUGAAGAACUGUCAGCGCCAUCUCCAGGGCCACAGUAAUGUGAUCACUUGCAUUUGCGUGAGUGAAAACAGAAGGUGGAUUGCAACAGCUGACAAAGGCCCCCAGUGCCUGGUGAUUGUCUGGGAUUGCUUUUCGGGCAUUCCUGUGCACACGAUAUUUGACAGCUGUCCAGAUGGCAAUGGCAUUAAGGCCAUGGCAAUGACGAACGAUGCGAAGUUCUUAGUGACAAUCAAUGAUGCGACAUUUCAGAAAGUCUGCAUCUGGAGAUGGACAGUGGACACUGAGACACCCGCAUGUUCAGUCAUCCUGGACCCAGAGACGGGCAUUCAGGAAUACAUUAUUUUCAAUCCUGCUAAUUAUAGAGAAUUGGUGAGCAACAGCAAAACCCACCUAGUGUAUUAUGAAUGGGAUGAAGCAAAUAACAUUCUUGAGUUUAAUGUGCCAGUUUUAAACGAAAAAACGUUCAACAAGAUUGUGGGAAAAUUUAGCCAGUCCAUCUUUCAUUUUGUCACCAGACAGAUUUUGACCACCACAACGGAAGGGAAGCUGGUGGUCUGGGACCUCCACCCCCCACCUCGAUCUUAUACUUCCUUAGAGGUGCUUCAUAUCAAAGCCUGUAAACUGGUACAUUUGCAGAAGGAUGCCCUCACUGUGUUAACUACUGUGGAUAAAUACUUUGUCACUGGUGAUGUCAGAGGUCACAUUCGGUUCUACGAUAGCAAGCUGUCAUUGGUUAACUGGUACAGCCAGUUCAAACUGAGCCCCAUAAGAAUGCUGUCCUUUUCCAAGGACCCCCUCAUUCCAGAGGGGGACAAAUCAAACUUCCCAUCAGACUGCACCCUUCCUGGAGACCCUUUCAUUGUAAGAAAUUUCAUCAUUGGCACAUCUGAUGCCAGAGUAUACCAUUUGACGACAGAUGGGACCAAACUAGAGGAAGUCCUGAUUGAGCCCAGGGAAGCCAUCCAUGCCGUCGCCUGCCAUCCAUACAAACCCCUUAUUGCCAUUGGGAGUAUCUGCGGGCUGCUCAAAAUGUGGAAUUACCGAAAGAAGCUGUAUGUGGUGAGCAGGAUCUUCGAGGAUGGGCUUGGUGUCCAGAGCCUGACCUUCAAUCCCGAAGGAUAUCUUUUGGGGGCUGGCUUCACCGAUGGGACGGUUUACAUCAUGGAUGCUGUGUCGCUAGAAAACGAGACUCCGGAGCCUUUCAAAUAUUCCAGAGGCAAUGUGACCCUUAUCAGCUUCUCCCAUGACUCCCAAUUCCUGGCUACUGCUGAUAUGAAUUUCACUGUGGUAGUUUACAAGCUCAUGAUAAAAAAUGGAGAAAAGGUCUGGGAAUACUUAGCAAGACUUCGCUCUCACCACAAAAAAAUCCAAAGUUUGCUGUUUGGAAUUCAGCUGGACAACAAUGAGCCCAGACUCCUCAGCCUCGGCAAGGACAGACUGCUGAUAGAGUACGACCUAAUCAACAGCACCAAGGACCACCUGGAGGUCCUGGACAUCCACCGCACCGACCAGGAGGCCAUCCCCAAGUGCAUGGUGUGGUACCCGCCCCUCACCAGGGAGUCCUUCUUCCUCAUCUGCAACAGUGUGUACAAAGUGAAGCUGUUUAAUUCCACCACAAAGAUGUGCAGAAAGACACUAAUUGGGCCAACUUAUGGAUCUCCCAUUGAGCAUGUCCUGGUUCUCCCAGAGAAAGCCUCAAAUGACUUACAGAAACGAUACUUGGCAUUUAUCAACAAAGACAAGGUGGGACUUCAGAUCUUACCAGUUGAUGGCAAUCCCCACAAGACAGCUGCUAUCAUAUGCCACCCAAAUGGAGUGUCCAACAUGACUCUUUCUUACGAUGGCGCCUACGUCUUCACUGCAGGAGGUGAUGACCACACGGUAUUACAGUGGGAGAUUAAUUUAGGGGCUCUGGAGGCAGCUGUUUACCUGGGGGGUGAAGAUCUGACCCCAUUCUAUGGUCUGUUGGAUGGGGGCAGAGAAGGAGCAUUCUACAAGGAACUGGAGGACUAUUUUUAUUAUUCUCAGCUCCGUAGUCAGGGUAUUGAUACAAUGGAGACCAGAAAGGUGUCAACACAUAUUCCCCUGAGUGAGCUUCCUUUUAUAAUGAGAGCAAUUGGCUUCUAUCCAUCUGAAGAGCAGAUUGAUGAUAUGCUAAAUGAAGUUAAAUUCGGUGAAUACGUGGAUACAGGGAAGCUUGUUGAUUCAAUCAACUUGCCCGAUUUUGUGAAGGUCUAUAUCAACCACAGGCCACCUUUUGGUCAAACCAUGAAUGACAUACGAAAUUCUUUCAAAGUUCUUGGCUAUCUCAAUAAGGAUGGAGACAUGGCUAUUAGGAGAGAAGAUUUCCUAGAACUGCUUCUAACCAAAGGGGAGCAUAUGACUGAGGAAGAGCUGUCCGACUGCUUCAGCACCCUGUUUGGCCUGAACCCCGAAGGCUGGAAAUCAGAACCUGCGACCCUGGAUUAUAGAGGAUCUGGCAUUUGCUUGGAGGAAGAGCUCCCAGAAGAAAUCACUGCUGAGAUAUUCACUGCUGAUAUUCUUGGCUUGCCCAUUCCCGAAGACAUCUGAGGAGGCCAGUGAAUUAGGGAGAGUGGCAGGAAUACAGGGGACUUUGUCUUUGACUCAAAAGACACGGCCUUCCCCAGAUUCCUCCUCCACUUAACACACUCCACCCCAAGCCCUCACCCCGACUAGCCCUCUGAAGAACUUUUAGGAUUACAAGGAAACUUCUGUAAAGCACAAAAUUCAGGGUGUUGGAAAAAGCCCGGUAUCCUGCUAGUGGACAAAGGAAAUGAAUUGGGAAAGUGGGUUAAAUAUGAAAAUUAAAGAAAGGUAAGUUGUCAAUUGCCAAUAGCUAUUUGGGCCUGUCCUUG